UAAAAUCAUGUAUAAAGAGAGAAAGCUGCUUGUAUGGAGGGUGCUCGAUUUGAGACUUAUCUGCCUCCGAGCACCGGGUUUUGAGAUCUCAAAUAAACCUUUUUUUUUGCUUCUCCACCUUGGUGUGUCUAUUGGAGCGAAGCACACCGGGCAACGAACCACUGUUGCUGUCGCCUCGGGCCUUUGUGCCGGCAACAACCCCACUCCCCUCCCAGAGCCGGGGAGAGAACCCAGGAGUCCUGGCUCCCAGCCCUCCCAGCAGAGAAGCCAGGGAGUGAAUGGACCCUGGAGACUGGACUCUUUGUGAUGGGAGCACCUCGCGGUUUUCAAACGUGUCCUUCCUUGUGGAGUGGCCUCAGUAUUGGGGGAUCUCAGGCCGAGCGCCCACAAACCGAGACACCCACCGUUAGUGGAGACCUCUGCAAACACUGGCCUCAAUAGUGCUGGAUCCUUUGUGUUGGGGAAGCAUGUAGGGCCCAGUCUUGAUCAGGGCCCCAUUGUGCCAGGCGCUGCAUAAACACAGAGUGAGGAGACAGUCCCUGCCCCUAGGAGCUCACUAAGGAAAGUGAAUCUGUCUGUGCCUCAGUUUCCUCCUGUGUAGAAUGCGGAUAAUGACCCCUUCCUGCCUCCUGGGGGGGUGGCAGGUUGACUCCUUCCUAUGCGGCGCUCAGGCCCUGCAGUGCCGGGCAUCAGAGACCAGCCUGUGAGUCUCUCUGUGUCCAGGGCAGGCCAGAUAAAAUGAACGAGGCAGGGGCCAGACACGGUUAUAUACAGUCACAAGAACAAAGGAGCUGAGGCUCGGUGUCUGUGGGGCUGGGAGCCCAGCUGCAGGAGGGGAAGUGGUUUGCUGGGUGCUGCAGGGAGCUGGCUUUGCUCUGACCACGGUAGAUUUGGCUGGAGAUUGCAGAUGAUGAGUUUGCCUUGAUGGCCUGUUUUGCUUAGCAAUGACACAGCAAGAAAAAAAAUUUACUGGCUGGGGUAAACAGGCCAGAUUUACAACAUUGUUAGAUAAGAGACUGCUUGCAAGGUCUGGGAAAAAUACUUGCAGAAGCUGGUUUGAAGCAACUUGUACCUUUUUGAAGCUUAUCAAGAAAUAACAGUUGCUCUUUGUUUUUCUCUUGUAUGCUGGGAAAGUGUAACUGGGAAGGUGCAGUGAUGACGGGACGUAAGUGAUGACGCCACGGAGCAGCUGAUAAAACACAGUUUGAAUCUGCAGAGGGGAGGGGCUGGUUCUGUGUGGAGAACGGGCUGGCUCUUUGUUGACGUGUGCAUGCAUUAAUAAAGAACUUGGUAUUUGGACUUUGCUGGUGUUGCCUGUCUCUCUUUGCAGUCAGACAACGCACCUGAACAGUCUGGGAUAGAGAGAACCCCGACAGAUUUGGCACUCCCGAUGGGACCUGUCUGACUCUCGGGCGAGGGGGUCCGUCUCCGACGCAACGCAGCGCGCAUCCUUCAAUUGAGAGGAGCCUGGCCCAGGAGUCGGAUCUCACGCAUAAGGCGUCGUCCCAUGAACCAGCCUGAGCCCGUUUAAAUCCAGCAACGUCCACCUGCCCUUUGAGCAGGAGUCCCGGGACCUAGUAUAACUGGGAAGGUGCAGCGAUGACACGACGCUGCUGGCUGGCCGGGCACAGCGGGGUGUGGGGAGCAAUGUGAGCCGGGAGGACGGCGGGAGCUACAGCUGCUCCUAUCGCAGCAAAUCGGAGCCGUUCAAGAUGUCAGACCCCAGCGACCCCGUGGAGCUGGUGGUGAGAGAUCCAGAGUUACCCAGACCCUCCAUCUCCCUGAGCCUCACUUCGGUCACUGCCCCAGGGGCAGACGCCACCAUCCGGUGUCAGGGGCAGCGCCGGGACGUGAGCUUCUUCCUGUACAAGGCUGGAGACCUGAACCCGCAGCGACACAUGGACCCUGCUGGGGACGUGGCCGAGUUCCGCAUCCCCACCAUGGGCCGGCAGCAUGGAGGGAACUACAGCUGCAGCUACCGGCCCCGGUCAGAGCCCUUCGUCUCCUCAGAGCCCAGUGACCCCGUCGAGAUCAUUGUGUCAGGUGAAGGGUCCAGCUCACUGUCCCGGCUCCCAGCCCCACCCCCAGCCAGACCCACAGGGGGUCUCUGCACUGAUGGGACGCUCAGAACCAGGGUCUGCCCUGAGCCCUGGGCUUGGCAGAGGGGACACAGUGUCGUGGAUCUGGGAUGGAGUCACUUGGGGGUUCCCCAGCCAUGGGGGAGCAGCAGCCACUGGAGAUUCAGGGCUGGGGGAGGGGGGAUCCCUACCCCCAGGGGGAGCUGCAGAGCAGGGGCCUUUCCCAGGGGAUGUUCCCCUGGCUGCCCCCGCACUGGGGACGCACAGAGGAGUCAGGGCCCAGGCAUAGGCGCCAGCUCCUGGUGCUCCAGGGCUCUGCACCCACAAACAGCCAAGGUCCCCUCCCCACCUCCACCUCCGCCUCACCUCACCUCUGCCUCCUCCCCUGAGCGCACCACGUCCCUGCUUCUCCGCCUACCUCCCAGCGCUUGCUGCUGCAAAACAGCUGUUUCACGGCAUAACAAGCUCUGGGAGGUAGGGGGGAGGAGCGUUGUAAUGGCCUCACAGAUCGUGCCCACUCGUGGCCCCGUGCGGUCCGUGGGGGGGUGCCCCUUUCAGUGCGAUGGCCCUUCUCUGGGAUCCAUUCUCUCUCGGGGUCAGGCCCUUCCACCUCCUGGAGCCGCACCUCUCUGAGCCUUAGCACGUCUGUCUCUGCCGUGGGCCCCCUCAGGGAGUCCACUCGCUCUGGACCCCCGGAGCCUCCUCACCCCCCGAAGGCGUUGAUGCCCCCAUGAUCUCUAGACCGGAGCGACUUUCAGCCAGCGUAAAACAGGAGGGUUUAUUGAGGGUUGAACCCAGCACAGGAAACUCUCAGGGCCUUAGGCCUGGCCUCCCUCAGCCCAGCGCAUCCCAGUCUCCCUGCAGCCAGGUGGGCUCUGCC